UUUUUGGGGAGGAGGAGCACCCUAAAAAUCUCCAAGGGACAAACAUGACUUUAUAUCACGGAGCAAUGGGAAAACCUACAAGCAAGCCCAUGUUAUCUUGUUCUUUUCUUUCAUUAAUUGUGUUUUUUUUUUUUGCAAUUAUCUUUCUUAUUUAAAAGAUGAAGCAAGCAAACAGAAUCCCCUCUUUCGAUCUCGGUUUCAGUAUUUAUCAUCAAAUCACUGGUUCUCCUUUUAUAGAAAUCUUAGAUCUGCUUUUAACACAAGGUUUUGGUGGAGAAGAAGAAGCAAAGAGGGUGUAUAAAUAGAAGAGUAGAAGAAGCAGCAAUUAGAGGGAAAGUUAGUGAGCAAGGUGGAUCGAAGGCAAGGGAAGAGGUCUCUCCCUCCUCAUGAGGAGAAAAAAGAAGCUUUCAACUUUCCUAUUAUUCAUCCAACACCAUCUCAAAAUCGAAAGGAACAAGCUUCACCAUCAUCAUCACCCUUUUCACUCCUCAUGAGUACCAACCAAAACACCACCUUCUUCCCCCUCCCACAUGGCCAAAUAACUACUUCUGAACUUGUUAAUAGCCAGAACAAUCCAUCCCAGGCUACAAAUCAAGGCAUUGAUGAUAUUAGGAAAAAGCACUAUAGAGGAGUUAGGCAGAGACCAUGGGGCAAAUGGGCAGCAGAAAUAAGAGACCCUAAGAAAGCAGCUAGAGUGUGGCUUGGCACCUUUGACACGGCAGAGGCUGCAGCUAUGGCUUAUGAUGCUGCUGCAUUGAGGUUCAAAGGAAACAAAGCAAAGCUCAAUUUUCCUGAACGUGUUGUUAUGCCAAUACCAUCACAAACCAAUACCAAUUACAAUAAUAACAAUACCACUUCUUCAUCAUCAGCUCCUACUACACAACCUUCUUCUCUUCCACCACCACCAUCACAAUCUCUACAAAAUAGUAGCAAUAAUAAUAGUUCUCUUUCAUCAGAAGGGUUUCCAAAUCUUGAGGAGUAUGCAAGGUUGCUGAAUUGUAGCGAUGAUGAUGACUUUCAACGUGUUGCAUUGGGGCUCUACCAGCAUCACAAUAAUGAGGAUUAUAUUUAUGGUUCAUCACAACCACCACCAGUGCCGUUUUUUGUGUCUUCUUAUUCUUCUUCUUCUUCUGCAAUGGCAUCUUCAUUUUCUGAUUUUCUUGGUCAAGGAGGGAGUGGUUUUGAUGAAGAGAAUAAGAGGGGGUCGUAGUUUUUUUGUCUCUGAAUUCUGAGCACUGCAUGCUGGUGGAAAAGUGGGGGCUAGCUAGGUUGCUGCCACAACAAUUAAGGAAGUUCAAUCACACAUCUCUUAUUUGUUCUUUUGUUUUUAUUAUUCCAAUUACAAAAUAAUACCUGAGGUCUAAAUCAGAUUAUAAUACUCCUCUUUCUUCUUUUAUC